GGAAGAAAAGAGGAACCUGUCUGAUGAGCGAAAUGUAGGCAUUUUAGGAAGCUGUUUUAACAGCAGCGGACUUGAAAAAUCACAGUCGAGCUGACAGAUGAUAAAGGUAAACGUCACACUGGAUUGUAUUACUCAUCUGAAUCUAUGGAGUCCAACCACUUUGAAGGAAUACAAACAUGCAAGCUAACACAUGCAUGCACAUAGUGCAUCACUGUCACUUAGUCCUGAAUGCUGAGCAUCUCAGGAGGAAAAGCCAAAGAAACCAAGUAGGAUACCAAAGCUGAUGGUAUUUAAAACAGAGUAAAACUUAAUCACUUAAUUCUGGUGGGAUGGAUCAGUCUCUGACGGGAAGAGAAUUGUCCCAUGGCUGCUGUUCCUACAGCACUCUGAAAGCCUGGCUGCCCAUCCUCUCCUGGUUGCCCCAGUACAAGCUGAAGUACCUGCAGAUGGACCUACUUGCUGGGCUCACUGUUGGGAUGACAACAGUACCACAGGCACUGGCUUAUGCUGAAGUAGCAGGCCUUCCUGUGCAGUAUGGACUCUAUUCUGCCUUCAUGGGGGGAUUUAUCUACACCUUCUUGGGAACCUCUAAGGAUGUGACACUGGGUCCCACAGCUAUUAUGUCCCUCCUGUGUUUCUCAGUGGUCGGGGGUCAGCCCCACCGAGCUGUGCUGCUCAGCCUCCUGUGUGGACUCAUCCAGGCUGUGAUGGCAUUACUCAGAUUAGGAUUCCUGCUGGACUUUGUCUCUUACCCUGUAAUAAAAGGCUUCACCUGUGCUGCUGCGGUAACCAUUGGCUUUGGCCAGGUCAAAAAUAUUCUGGGAAUCCAGGGUGUACCCCAGCAGUUUUUUCUGGAGGUUUACUACACCUUCUACAAGAUCCCAGAGGCCAGAGUUGGUGAUGUGGUCUUGGGCUUGCUUUGUCUCACUCUGCUGAUCAUACUGAUGUUUAUGAAGUCAAGCCUGGGCUCUGAUUCUGCUCCCACCUGCACCAGAGCAGCCAGGAAACUCGUGUGGGCUGUUGCUACCAUGCGUAAUGCCCUGGUGGUCAUAGCUGCAUCCCUUGUAGCAUUUUCUUGGGAAGCUUAUGGUCAUCAUGUGUUCACAAUCACUGGGCGCACCACUCAAGGACUGCCACCUUUUAGGCCCCCGCCCACCUCAGACACCAUAGCCAAUGGCACCGUGGUCUCUUUUGGAGAAAUUGUAGAGGGCUUUGGAGGAGGACUCGCUGUGAUCCCCUUCAUGGGUCUGCUGGAGAGCAUUGCCAUUGCAAAAGCUUUUGCCAGUCAGAAUGACUACAGGAUUGACGCCAACCAGGAACUGCUGGCAAUUGGUGUGACCAACAUCAUGGGCUCCUUUGUGUCAGCGUACCCCAUCACUGGCAGCUUUGGAAGGACAGCAGUGAACUCUCAGACCGGAGUUUGCACUCCAGCUGGAGGGAUCAUCACCAGUGUGAUUGUGUUGCUGUCUUUAGCGUUCCUCAUGCCAGCUUUCUACUACAUCCCUAAAGCUUCGCUAGCUGCUGUUAUCAUCUGUGCUGUUGCUCCCAUGGUGGAUUACCAUGUGGUGGUGAAGAUGUGGAAGAUAUAUAAGCUAGACCUGCUGCCUUUUGCUGUGACGUUCCUAAUGAGUUUCUGGGAGGUGCAGUAUGGCAUCAUAGGAGGUGUAGCUGUGUCUGGAGUGCUGCUGCUGUACAGAAUGGCCAGACCGCAGAUAAAGAUUUCUGACCAUGGCGCGCUGUUGAUGGAGCUGAACAGUGGCCUCAGUUUUCCUGCCACGGAAUAUCUCAGUCAUGUUAUGCACACUCAGGCUCUGCAGGUGUCUCCUCCGCGGUCAGUGGUGCUGGACUGCCAUCAUGUCAGCAUCAUAGAUUACACAGUGAUCAGCGAGCUGAGGGACCUGCUGAGGCAGUUUAACCUUCGAGAAGUCCAGUUGGUGUUUUCUAGAUUGCAGCCUUCUGUUCUGAAGGUUCUCCUUGCAGCUGAUCUGCAGGGCCUCAGGUUUACCAACAGCGUGGAAGAGGCACUUCAGAUGGAGUUAGGAAACCUCUUUACUGACUACAAUCAAACCCGUCAAAUCCCAGUCCAGAGCUGCAGAAGCAACACUGAUGAAUGAUCUCGGUUUUCUGGGAUUAUUAUUCUGUCAUGACUUUUAAAACUGCCUGCAGUCACUGAUUUCCUGGGAAAAAUUAAGUUAAUCUGUGUACUAUUGAAGUACCGAAUUACACUGAUGUAUCGUCCAAUCUCCAGUAAAAAACACUACUUCACCAAUGACCAGAGUUGACCUAAUAGAUCUAAUAUUUGUGUUGUACCCUAAAGUAUUUUUUAGGGAAAGACUAUAUAAUUUUGUUGGCAAUUAUAUUUUUCAGCUGAUGAAAGACCCCACACCAAGCUCUUUCCUGUCUGUCAUUGGUCUAUCAAUCUCCUCCAGUCCUGCAUACUUGGCCAUUUUGUUGCUUUGCCUUUCUUCUCUUCUUUUUCAUGUUCUCUUCUUCUCUCUUCUUUCCCAAGAACAGCUGCUAAUCCCCAACAAGUGCGCCUCAGACCCCAUUUUACUUUAAUUCUCAUCAUCAUUAUACAUUAAUCACUUUUUAUAAACAAUUGUGCGCAUCUCAUGAAUUUACAAGUCAUUCUUGUAAUUCUUAUCACACAAUGGACCAAAUCAGGUUUUUUUCACAAGAUUUGUAAUUAAUGAACAGAACAGAUUGAAACCAACACAUGUGCCACUCAUAAAAUGUUGUUAUUUAUAAGAAAUUUGAUGGAGGAUGACAUUUAUACUAUUUUUAUGUCAGAUAUAUGUUGUCAUCACAACCUCAUCAGGGAUUUUUACUGAAUAAAGCAUUUACAUUUUAUUGUCUA